GCCGCGCCGCGCAGCUUCUCCUCCGCGCCGCCACCAGCGACGGCCCACAGUGACCUAGAAGUUAGGCUACACGUAAUCCGUGCUCAGCUUUUUAUGAGCACUGAGGGUGUUUGAGAUAAAGAUGCUGAAGAACGUCUUGAGCCAAUCGUGGAGGAGGGGGGCACAUGCCCUACAGGAAGGGCAUCAUCCAGCUGAGGCACUAUAUGCUUGUUCAAGUCGAUUUCACAGCGGGCAGGUCUUAAGCUCCUCGAGGAGCUUCUUCGGCGUGGAGGACUUCAUGGACGAGGACAAUAGCAGGCCCUACACGUACAAGAAGGAGAAGCGGUCCAAGAACCUGCACAAGCACAUCUCCUUCAAGCAGCGGACGAUCGCGCACAUGGAGCCCUUCACCCUGGACGUGUUCAUCUCGAAGCGCUUCGUGUCUGCUUCCUUGACCCACCGGUCGACGUGCCGGCAGGUCGCGGUGGCGGGCACCAACUCCAAGGACGUGAAGGCGGCGCUGACGUCGCGGUCCGACGUGCCAGCCUGCCUCUCGGUGGGGCGGUUCCUGGCGGAGCGUGCCAAGGAGGCGGACGUGUACGCGUGCACCUACACGCCCAGGGAGCGGGACCGGUUCGAGGGCAAGAUCAGGGCCGUGGUGCAGUCCCUCAUCGACAAUGGCAUCCACGUCAAGCUCUAUCUUGACUGAUGUCUGCUACGUGUUUAUUACACUUGUGCUGUUUGCAGCUGCUGCGAUAGUGUUGGCCUUGUUUGAGUUGAGUGCUGUGCAGCCAACUUUUCUUAGUGUCCCAAGUCUGUUGUUACAAGGAAUGUUGCCACUUUUCAUGAUUUCUCAGGAUCUCCUCUCCAUGUGAAAAUGUCAACUCUAUUGAUAUUUAUCCUCUCAAAGUUGGAGUCUGCCUUU